CCGACGGCCCGCUUUCGGCAGCUGCUCGGGCCGCGACGGGCGGUGCGUCCCCAGCUCCCCGCGUCGGCGCCGUCCCCCGGCCGGCCCCCCGAGCUCGGCGCGAAGCCCUGGCCCCGGAGGCCGGGGCAUGGGCCAGGGGCGUAGGGCGAGCCGGCUUCCCGCGGGGCCGUGAGCUGCAGCGGCUUCAGCAUGAAGACCCUCAUAGCCGCCUACUCCGGGGUCCUGCGAGGCACUGGUUCCAGCAUCCUCUCCGCCCUCCAGGACAUCUUCUCCGUCACUUGGCUCAAUAGGUCCAAGGUGGAAAAGCAGCUGCAGGUGAUCUCGGUGCUACAAUGGGUCCUGUCCUUCCUUGUGCUUGGAGUGGCCUGCAGCGCCAUCCUCAUGUACACAUUCUGCACCGACUGUUGGCUCAUCGCCGUGCUCUACUUCACCUGGCUGGCCUUUGACUGGAACACGCCCAAGAAAGGUGGCAGGAGAUCACAGUGGGUCCGAAACUGGGCUGUGUGGCGAUACUUUCGAGACUACUUUCCCAUCCAGCUGGUGAAGACACACAACCUGUUGACCACCAGGAACUACAUCAUUGGAUACCACCCCCAUGGCAUCAUGGGCCUGGGUGCCUUCUGUAACUUCAGCACAGAGGCCACAGAAGUGAGCAAGAAGUUCCCCGGCAUAAGGCCCUACCUGGCCACGCUGGCCGGCAACUUCCGGAUGCCGGUGCUGAGGGAAUACCUGAUGUCUGGAGGCAUUUGCCCUGUGAACAGGGACACCAUAGACUACUUGCUUUCAAAGAAUGGGAGUGGCAAUGCCAUCAUCAUCGUAGUGGGGGGUGCAGCCGAGUCCCUGAGCUCCAUGCCUGGCAAGAACGCAGUCACUCUGCGCAAUCGCAAGGGCUUUGUAAAACUGGCCCUACGCCACGGAGCUGACCUGGUUCCCACCUACUCCUUCGGGGAGAAUGAAGUAUACAAGCAGGUGAUCUUUGAAGAGGGCUCCUGGGGCCGAUGGGUCCAGAAGAAGUUCCAGAAGUACAUUGGCUUUGCCCCGUGCAUCUUCCAUGGCCGAGGCCUCUUCUCCUCUGACACCUGGGGGCUGGUGCCCUACUCCAAGCCCAUCACUACCAUUGUGGGUGAGCCCAUCACCAUCCCCAAGCUGGAGCACCCAACCCAGCAGGACAUAGACCUGUACCACAGCAUGUACAUGGAGGCCCUGGUGAAGCUCUUCGACAAACACAAGACCAAGUUCGGCCUCCCGGAGACUGAGGUUCUGGAGGUGAACUGAGCCCGCCCUCAGGGGCCAGCUCCUAGGAGGAACCAGCUACAAAUCGUUUUCUACCAAGUUCUCGAAUGCUUUUUUGUUCUGUAAAUUUGGAAGCGUCAUGGGUGUCUGUGGGUUAUUUAAAAGAAAUUAUAAUAAUUUUGUUAAACCAUUACAAAUGUUAGGUCUUUUUUAAUAAGGAAAAAGUGAAUAUUUCCAACUCUUUUAGUUCCAAUUUGUCCUGUUCUAGGUGGUGGCUGACGCAUUUGGGCCUUUAUGGUUUCUCAAGCAAUCCUUCUUCUUCCUUCCCCAAAAUUACAGACAAAACUCAGUCCUGGUUAACUGGGAAAGAAGGACAGCCACUGGCGACUCAGACCGGGGUUAGGUUAUCUUCUUUUCACUUGCAGGAUGAGGGGCAGGAGCCACUUCUAAUACAAACACCUCUAUUCUAAAAUACCUACCCCACACUUAACUGCAGGCCUGGCCCCUCAUACCAACGGGAAGACCUGGAGGGCACAGAUGUCCCCAACUUGAAGAGUGCAGUAAUGAGCAUCUGGAAUGCUCCAGCUCCAGUCCAGUUAGUCUUUUAAAUCUGAGGCCUCCAGGGUAAGAACCAGGGUGGCGAUCAGCCUGUGCUAGGGACAGCGCUGUCCCAGAUGCACUGCCUCCAGGAUUAGUCAGCCACCAUGUUGUAUAGUUGGAGUGACUAGUCUUCCACAGGGUGCUGACAACAUGUGCCCGGGACAGACCUGGACUUGGCCUGAUUCACAUGUUUCCCAGUGGCCUCGGUUUGUUUAGCCCAUAACCCAAGUAUGAGUGUGAGGAAAGGGUCCCUCAUCCUGUUCACAGAGGGGCCUGGCCUUCUGAGCAUGACAUUGGUCUUAAGACAGGAGGCCCCCGAACCCAAGCCUCACAUAUUUGUGCCUUUCUGAGAGGGGAGGAACCGGGGAAGAAACCCAGCCCCUCUGUGUGUUCUGUUUUCUCUUGAUGAGAUGAUUGUCCCAUGUCACACUUUUGUAAAUUCCAAAACGAAUAAACGAAAACGAGAGUUCUCUGUGA